AUGGCACCCAAGAAAGAGAAAGGUGGGCAGGCCAGCACCAAUUCUAAGGCUUGGGAACCAUCGCUCAUCGCUGCGCACUUCAAUCAGAAAGAUUGGAAGGGCUCCGUCGCUUUUGUUGUUGGAAACCAGGUUGAGGAUGAUCUUCUCAUUCGAGCCCUCACCCUUGCUGUCCAGGUCCCUCAGCGAAGACUCUUCAGUAUAAUAUCAUGGCAAGACAUUCUCCAGCAGAUUGAAGAAGCAAAUGUACUAUUUGGAACCACACCUAAAAAGUCAAAGCAACCUGCAGGCAUUAGCUUUCCCUUAUAUUAUGAGGUGUUAGUAGCAGCAAAACUCAUUAUGGGCAAUGGAGAGAAACUAACCUUACCACUGAUAGGGAAACUCUUGAAAUUUCAACUUCUCCAGAUUAAACUUAAGGACCAACAGCGACGGGAAAGUGAAAAGAAGGCCACAGAAGACAGAUUUAAGGUAGAAAAGGAUGAAGGGAAAGCGAAAACUCCCAAGGAAAAGAAGGCCGCAGAAGCCAAAGCUGCCAAAGGAAAGGGGAAGGACCAGCCUGAGGCGAGCACAAUAGUGAAAAAGACCACCCAGUUAAAACGGAGGGGAGAGGAAGAUGGGAUCAAAGUUUACAUCGAUGACGAGCCAGAUGAUGGUGCCCAACAUUACAUUAUAGUUGUGGGCUUCAACAAUCCUCAGCUAUUAGCGAUCAUGACUGAACUCGGCGUUCCCAUAAGCAGCGUGAUAAAAAUAUCUUCGGAGAAUUACGAACCUCUGCAGGCACACCUGGCAGCAGUUAGCCAGCAGCAGGAAGUUGUUCUUCAGCCAGAAGCUAUAGAAGCUGAAAAAUUGAAGAAAGAGAAUACCAUAAAAGAACUUGACAUUUUCUGGAAGUACUUGGAACCGAUCCUGAAUAAUGAGAAGCCUGAAACAAAUCUCUUUGAUGUUGCUCGAUUUAAAUACACAGUCAAGGCGGAUGACUUUCCUUCCGACUGGUCGGACAGCCAGAUGAUGCUGGAAUUGGGCACGAUCAUUUUUGAGAGCAUUGCCUGUUUGAUGUACGACACCCUGGACUGGAAAAGGCAGCAUCAGCACUAUUUGGAGAGCAUGCAGCUGAUUAAGGUCCCACACGUGGUUAGUGAGAAACCUAUCUUAGAAGCCACGCUAACUUCUGAGGCUCCACAACCUGUUGCCCCAACCCCUGGGAAGAAGAAAGCACAAAAUGAAGAAUUACAAGCUCUACCAUCAGCACUGGCUUCUGUCAUCACAACGGAAGUAGACAUGAGAUAUUACAAUGAUUUGUUGAAUCCAAUUCCGGAAGAAUUCAUUUCUGUGCCCCUGAUACUGCACUGUAUGCUGGAACAGGUUGUGGCAACGGAAAAAGACCUCAUCCCACCGAGUCUGGUGGAGCUGCCGCCCAGAGCCGAUGGGCUGGAUCAGAGAAUCGCAGCUCACAUUGUGUCCAUCCUGCCCUCUCUCUGCCUCACCGAGAAUGAGAAAAAGAAUCUCCAUAAGAUAUUUUUUCCUCAAGAAGAAAGUGAAAGCAAAGCAGCGCCCAGAGGCCCUUUGCUGCUGAAUUACCAUGAUGUGCACGCCCACAAGAAGUAUGCACUGAAGGACCAAAAGAAUUUUGACCCAAUUCAAAUUGAGCAAGAGAUGCAGUCCAAGUUGCCACUAUGGGAAUUUCUUGAGUUCCCUCUGCCCCCACCAUGGAAUAGCACAAAACGUCUAGCUACAAUCCAUGAGCUCAUGCACUUUUGUACAAAUGAACCCUUGAGCUGGAAUGAAGUAGAAAGAGCCUUCAAAGUGUUUACUUUUGAAAGCCUGAAACUCUCUGAGGUUGAUGAAGAAGGGAUACUAAUGCCUUCUAGGAAAAUAUAUGGGAUAGAUUCUGAAAUUUUCAACAUACCAUGGGACAACCCUGCCAGAUUUGCUAAACAAAUAAGGCAACAGUACAUUGCAAAAAUGAACACCCAAGAGGCCAAACUCGAAACAGAUAUUGAACCCAAAGACAACAUUAUAUUUAUGGAUCAGAAUUGGUCAACAUAUGUUCAAGAUAGUGAGAUCAAUAAUGAACCUUCAAAUCCUAGUCAACCUGAUGCUGACAAUAUGAAGCAUUCUGACCCGAAUAAUGAGAAACCCUUAGAGCCUGAUAAUAGAGAGUCGUCAGAAAAGGAGGCCAGCUUAGAGAUUCAGCAACAACCUGAACCUUUGGAGCAGACCAACGAGAUCAAAGAUGAGGCAGUCACAAAGGCGGGUUCUCUUGAAAAGCAACCCAAGAAGAUGACUGUGGAAGCAGAGUUAGAGGACAUUCAGAAAACGCAGCAACGCAGUCUAAUGGACUGGAGUUAUACUGAGCAUUUUAAACCUAAAGUUCUGCUGCAGGUUCUUCAAGAAGCCAAUCAGCAGUACAAGUGUGUAGAUUCUUAUUACCAUACCCAGGACAACUCUUUACUUUUAGUCUUUCAUAACCCGAUGAAUAUGCAACAUCUGCAUUGUGAACACUGGAAUAUUGCUCUUCACUCCAAUGUUGGAUUCAGGAAUUUUUUGGAACUUGUUACAAAUUCCAUUCAAGAUUGGAUCAUAAAAGAAGAAGCUCUCUAUCAGGAAACUAAAAUGGCCGAGGAAAUUGCUAAAACCAAAGCUGAGAUGGAACUGAAAUCUAUUACUGCCAAAAUUGUUUCUCCUAGCAAAAUUAGUUCUGUUAAAAAAUCUGCUAGUAACAAAAUAAUGAGCAAAACAGAGAUACCAGAUCAAGAAAAAGAAAAAGAGAAGGAAAAAUUGACUUUUGUUUUAGAAGGCUCUCUGAAGGCAUGGAAAGAAGAACAAGAUCGAUUAGCAGAAGAGGAGCGCAUAAAAGAAGAAAAAAAAGCAGAAAAGAAGAGUAAGGAAGUUGGUAAAAGGAGAGGCAAAGAAAAGUUAGAGAAAGAAGAAAGUAGGACUGUGAAGAAAAAAUCUAUUUUCAAGGAAAAAGCUAAAGAAGAGCAAAUAAAGCUAUCAGACAUACCAGAGAUAACGAUUAUCCAGGAGCCACAACCUGAGAUAGUUUACCCGUUUCAUGGAUACAAUAUGGGAGAUAUUCCCAUCCAAAUCUCAGGAACAAAUUAUUAUCUGUAUCCUUCAGAUGGAGGACAGAUUGAAGUAGAAAAGACAACAUUUGAAAAAGGAUCAACUUUUAUCAAAGUGAAAGUGAAAAAGGACAAACAUAAUUUUAUAAUUCAUCUGAAAGACCCUAAGAAAAUUGUGAAAAAGGAAAAAGAAGUGGAUUAUUCUUCAGAAGAUGAGGAAGAAGCAAGAGAGGGAGAAAAAAAUAUUGAACUAGAAGAAUCAAAUGCAGAGAAUAAAGCUGUCAGCAAGUCUGGAUCUUUUUCUGCCACCUUGGAAAAUGGAAUCUGCCUCUCCAUAAGUUACUAUGGACCUAGCGGAAAUGCGCCAGAGGAGAAGGAUCCUCAGUUGGAAGCAAUGUUGAAUAUCCCAUCAGCACUUCUUCCAACAGUAAUUCCUGUUAUAGUGCCAGUUCCUCAAGUCAAAGGAAAAGGGAAAACAAAAGUCAAAGAAAAACACAAAGAAUCUAUUAAAGAAGAGGAGCACCCAAAAGAAGAAGAAAAAAAGGAAGAAGUAGAACCAGAACCUGUUUUACAAGAGACUGUUUUUGUUCCCACCUUCCCAAACCUAAAUGUGUCUUGCCCCAAUGGACUCCUAGUGACCUUCAUUGGGCAAGAGUCAACAGAUAAAUAUGUUAAGGAUGAGGAACCCACUUGGGACAUCAUGGUCCGACAGAGCUACCCCCAGAGGAUAAAGCACUAUGACUUCUAUAAAACAGUGCUGCCCCCAGUGGAGCAGGAGGCAUCGAGGGUUAUCACCAGGCAAGGCACCGUGGUCAAGUAUAUGCUGGAUGGAUCCACACAGAUUCUCUUUGCAGAUGGCUCUGUGAGCAGUAGUCCCGAUUCAAGGCCUGUUUGUCCUCCUGUUGAAAUGUCAGUAACUCCUCACAGUGGAGACUUGAUGGACUCGGUUUCUCAGCAAAAGUCAGAAACAAUACCAUCAGAUAUUGUCAUCACAAAGAAAGGAAAAAGUCACAAAAAUCAGUCUGCGGUGUUACACAAGAGUGAAAUCCAUGAACCUCCCACAGAAACGGUUCACAUAGUGACUCCAGUGGAGACUCACGUGGGCACCUGGUUUACAACUACACCUGAAGGGAAUCGGAUUGGCACCAAAGGAUCAAAAAAAAUAGCAGACUUAGCACCAUUUUUAUCUUUUCAGGCCACAGAUCCUGUCACUGGAACGGUUAUGACCACUCGGGAGGACAAAGCAAUCAUCGUGGAGAAGCAGGAUGGUACGCGGAUAGUGGACCAUGCUGAUGGGACCAGAAUCACAACCUUUUACCAAGUUUAUGAAGAUAAUUUUAUUCCUUUGAGUGAUCAAGAAAUAAAUGAAGGUCCUCAGGUGACUGUCACUAGGCAGGUGAAGUGCAUGCGGAUAGAAAGUUCACACUAUGCCACUAUCAUCACCAACUGCGAGGACAGUAGAUGCUGUGCCACCUUUGGGGAUGGGACAUCUGUUAUUGCAAAGCCACAGGGAACAUACCAGGUGUUACCUCCAAACACAGGCUGUCUCUAUAUCGAUAGGGAUUGUUCAGCUAUAUAUUGCCAUGAAUCAAGCAGUGAUAUAUACCAUCCUUUCCAAAACCGUGAGCAGCUGAGAGCUAGCAUGUACAUCAUGAAGCACACCUCAGAGGUUAUCUGUCAGGUCCUGGACCCGGAGGGAAACACCUUUGAGGUCAUGGCUGAUGGUAGCGUAUCAACUAGGCUACCUGAAAUCAAUUUGGGAGAUCAUUUAGAUGCAAGUCCAGAAGGCUAUGAUAAUUUAUCAUCUGCUCACCUUCAUAAGAAUCAUCUGCAAAUCUUUGGUGAACAUGUCCCCAGGUUUUUUGUUGUCUAUGCCGAUGGAUCAGGAGUGGAACUUCUUCGAGACAGUGACAUUGAUGAGUACCUGUCCUUGGCAUACGGAGAACCAACUACCGUAGUUCUUCAAGAGCCAGUGCAGGAGCAGCCAGGUGCCCUCAGCAUCACUGUCCUUCGCCCUUUUUGUGAAGCAUCGCCAUGGCUGAUGAAGAAAGAGCUUGAUACAAUUGUUCCUCCGAAUCUUCAGUCGAGGACAUGGGAGACAUUUCCCCCAGUAGAGAAAAAAACUCCAGGACCUCCGUUUGGCACUCAGAUUUGGAAGGGCCUUAACAUUGAGGCCAAACAGCUAGUGAGCACCCCCGCCCCUGUAGUCAAGAGCCCCAAUGUGCUACAGAUACGCCAGUUCAUCCAGCACGAGAUCAUAAAGAAUGAGGUGAAACUGAAGCUACAGAUUUCCCUUAAGGAUUAUAUAAACCAUAUCCUAAAGAAAGAAGAUGAGCUACAAGACAUGACAGUUAAAGAUUCCAGAACUGAGGAAGAGAGAGGCAACGCUGCAGAUCUCCUCAAACUAGUUAUGUCUUUCCCUAAAAUGGAAGAAACUAUAAAAAGUCAUGAUACUCAAAUUGCAGCCCACCUAAUUGAUUUGUACAAGCAGUCUUUGACUUCUGUUCCGGAGUGUCUGCCAGACCCAUUUGAUACAGAGCUCUCUGAAAAGAAAUUGAAGCACGCAGCAACAGUAAAGCACUGGAAAGAGAAGAUAGCUCAGAAGAGGAAAGAGAUUGAAAACACAAACAACUAUUUAAUGAAAAUUAGGAACAAAGUAGUAUCACCUUACUUCAAAUCUGAAUUUAGCAAGACAUUUCAGUCUCAGGUAACUUAUCUGUACACCCUUUCUGGAAACUUGCCUCCAUUUACAAAGAAAGGUGAAGAUGUGAGCAAAACAACUGAGAAAAAUACAAGUGGUCUUCAUCCAGAUCCCCAGCCAAAAGAAGUUGUAGAACAGCGACCCUCAGAUAGGGCUUUUUUUCCAAAAUCGGAGAGUUCUGUGAAUAUCAAGGAGUUCGCUAACCAGAAGGAAACUGAAAAUUUAUCCAAGUCUCCCACAGAAUCAGAUAUGUGUCUGCCCGUGAAAAUCCCAACCCAGUCGUUGCUGCAGGAUGUCAAAGGACAAGCCAGGAAGGAGAAAGUGAAGAUACCUCACUAUUUGAUGAGUUCCAAGCCCAAGUCUCUACCUCUCACAAAGGUGCAAGAUCCUUCUGGAGGAAGAGUGAGAACAUCCUCCAUUGCAUCAGCUACCAUUAAGAACCCAAAUUCAUCCCCUUACGGAUUCCAUCUUCUCCCUCCAUCAGUGAAGUUUGGAGUGCUUAGAGAAGGGCACACCUAUGAAACCACUGUCAAGCUCAAGAACACUGGCGUGGACUUCUGCAGGUUCAGGGUAAAGCAGCCGCCACCCAGCACAGGACUGAAAGUGACCUACAAACCUGGGCCUGUGGCAUCUGGCUUGCAGGUAGAACUGAAAGUGGAGCUAUUUGCUAUGGUUAUGGGUGAGGACAGCACCAAGGGAUCGACACACAUCUCUCACUAUAUUGAGAUCAUGACUGAGCAUGACGUCCUGUUCUUACCUGUGGAAGCGACAGUUUUAACAAGUGUCAAUUAUGAUAAGAGACUCGAAGAUUUUCCCCAGGGAAAGGAAACUCCCUUGGUCCAGAGGACAUCUGCAGUUCCUUCCUCUGAUGUUGGAGUUGUCCUGGCCCAUAAAGUCUGUCCACAGUAGGUCCAGUAAGUACUAAAUGGGAAUCUGAUUUUCAACCAUUCAAAUCUGAGGCCUUAGACCUAAAGUUUGUUCU